AAACGUCAGCAUAAGUUAUAUGGUUAUGUUCUCUCUAGUCUUUCGCACUCGCACCAGUCACCACCACACCCAUAGAGACAGAGGUUGAGUGGGAGAGAAAGAACAGGUUCUUGCCUUCUCUCGAGUAACCUAACUGCUGACAAGCAAGCAAUGUACAAAUCGAAGCUGCAAGAGCUCUGCCACCGGCGAUCAUGGAGCUUGCCGGACUAUCAGACGACCAAAGAAGGAGCCGAUCACCGUCCUCGCUAUAGUGCUAAUAUCACAGUUAAUGGGGUUGAAUUUCAGACGCCGUCACCUUGCAGAACCUCCAAAGAAGCUCAAAACAAUGUGGCUAAGCUCGCUUAUGAGCACUUUUCUCUCCCAAAGCCCGAACCACCUUCUCCCCCUCCCCAAACUUCAAAUUCUCCUUCUGUUCUUCAAUCUUCCCUGCCUCAACCUUCGUUUCCGCAGCCGUCUUUUCCGCCAACUCCGUUUUCUCUUCCACAGCCUUCAGCGCCGACGUCUACUGCUUCAUCUUCUCCGGCCAUUGGUGUUGUUGAGACACUUUAUAAAAGAAGUGUGACAAACCCCGAGGUACCAGAUGCAUCCCAAGCGAUUGAGAUCAAAAGGCCUACCACGUCAGAUAAAGAUAACAGGACAGCAGGGAAUCCAAAAAAUGACUCAAUGAGUCCUGUCAUGGACGUGCAGCGUUUGUAUAAGAAUCAGCUCCAAAACUAUGCUCAAAAGAGAAACCUGAAUCUGCCCGAGUAUUCUACCGAGCGAGAGGGUCCUCCUCAUGCUAGUCGUUUUAAGUGUAAAGUUACAAUAGAUGGACAAACUUUUGAGAGUCCCCAAUUUUUUCCUACAUUAAAGGAUGCUGAACAUGCAGCUGCAAAAGUUGCUCUGAUGUCAUUGACAGUUCCUGGAGCUCAAGAGGAUGAUAUUGGUUUAUACAAGAACCUUUUACAAGAAUUGGUUCAAAAGGAAGGACUUUGUUUACCUGUUUACAACACUACCAAAUCUGGUGAGGCUCAUAUGCCCAAAUUUUUUUCAAAUGUGGAGAUAGGAGGAGCACUUUAUACUGGACAAGAAGCAAAAACAAAGAAACAGGCUGAGAUGAGUGCAGCCAAGGUUGCUUACACGACCUUGAAAGAACACAAAGGUAAGCUAAAUCAAAGCUCAUUGAUUCAGCCCCCUGCUCAUCAAGCACAGGGUCCUGCAUUGUCAUCUCACAACUCAGAUCCAACUGACCUAACUCACUUCCAACACUAUGCCAAUUCAAAAUCUCCUAUUGUUUAUAACCCUAACUCAGUGACUCAGAACCAAUAUGAGGAUGAUAAGCCUGCAGGCUGCGCUGCUGAGGUUAAAAGUUAUCACACUGCUCACCCAUCUUCAGAACACAUCACAGUUGCAGCUGGUAGCGGUUCUGCUCCUCCCGAAAUUACUAUUCACUGUGUAGAAACCGCCUCUCUAUCAAGUAUCCAGUCUUCACCUGCACUCACUAAGAGCGACAACUUGACAACAGGCUCAGGUGGCAGGGCUUCAACUGCAGCUAGCACCUCAACCUGCAGAAAGGUCAUUGUUUACUCGCGCAAGACAAACGUGACGAUUGCUUCAGGCGGCGCUCUCUUGCCUAUAAGUGACGAGAAUUAUGUUGCUUACUCCUAUCCUGAGUGAGAAAUUUGCGAGUUGCUGGCUCAAAUGGCAUCAUUGGUUGGAUGAAACUGAAAGGAGACAAUACUCAAGCUGCUGUGUUCUGUUAGCUCCACUUUUCCCCUACUGAACACAUUUUAACUUGUCCAAAAUCAUGAUAUCUCCUUGAGUUGAAAAUAAAAAUACUUGUAUUACAUCAUAGAAAAUACAUUUCAUAUUAAAAAAACAAAAAAAAAA